UUUUUUUUUUUUUUUUUGUUCUUUUUCUUUCUAUUACCGACACCUUUUUUUUUUCUUUUUCCUUGAUAACAUGAGACCUCUUACUAACGAAGAAACUACCACUCUAUUCGAAAAGCUUGCUAAAUAUAUUGGUGCCAAUAUCAAACACUUGAUCGAUCGUCCUGAUGAAACCUAUUGUUUUCGACUUCAUAAAAACAAGGUGUAUUAUCUUAGUGAAAGUAUGAUGCGAGUAGCUGUCAGUGUAGGAAGAGAUCAAUUAGGUUCUUUGGGUGUAUGUUUUGGUAAAUUCACAAAAACUGGCAAAUUCACACUUCACAUUACAGCAUUGGAUUAUUUGGCACAAUACGCAAAGCACAAAAUCUGGAUCAAACCCAAUGGUGAAAUGCCUUUCUUAUAUGGCAACAAUGUGGUGAAGGCACAUUUAGGACGUAUUACUGAUGACACUCCAGAACACACCGGUGUAGUUGUGUUUUCCAUGACAGAUAGUCCACUGGGUUUUGGUGUGACAGCAAGAUCAACUGUGGAUAUGAAGAAAUUACAGCCUACUGAUAUUAUUACCUUCCACCAAGCAGAUGUGGGUGAAUACCUCAGAUCCGAAGAUACUUUAUUUUAAGGUCUAUUUUUACUAUUCAUUUUCUUUUUAUGUAAUUCAUACUUUUUUAUUAUCUUAUCAUACAUAUCAAUAAAAAUAAACGCAUUUGUCUAUCUUA